AAGAAGUGUCAAUUCCAGCGUAAACAAAAGUAUCUGAAAAAAUAAGUGAAGGGAGCAGAAUUUUUUUUCAAUUUCUGAAGGACUUUUAUCCAAAGUCAAUUCAGAACAAAUAAAGAACCUACUUCCGCAAAAUGGUUAAGUGCAGGAGUGCCUGCGCCAUCGGACCAUGGCUAGUGCUAAUCAUUCUCGUAUUGGACAACACUGUUGGUCUUCCGGUGGUAACUGAGAAAACAACUACCGAUAAGAAUGAACAUGCCAAGGACAGCGACGUGGAACAGCUUGAAAAUGUGAUCGAAUACAACAAGUACCUUCAGGAAGUCGUAAAGGUUUUGGAAAGUGAUCCUACCUUUAGAGAAAAGUUGGAUAAGGCUGUUGAAAGCGAUAUUCGUUCUGGAAAAAUUGCUCAGGAAUUAGAGUACGUCAAUCACAACGUACGUUCUCGAUUGGACGAGUUGAAACGCAUCGAGCUUCAGCGGCUGCGUGAGCUGGCAACAAAGCAAUUUGAAUUGACCAAUGAAAUCGACAGAGAUCACUUGAAAAUAGCUGAACAUUUAGACCACGAAAAUCAGCACACAUUUGAAAUUGAAGAUUUGAAAAAACUUAUUUUGAAAACAUCACAGGAUUUGUCAGAGAAUGAUCGCCGACGCAGGGAGGAGUUUAAACAAUAUGAACUGCAAAAGGAAUUUGAAAAGCAGGAGGCAAUGAGACAACUCGAUGAAGAGCAUCGCAAGAAAUAUGAGGAGGAUUUGAAGAAACAACAAGAAAAGCAUAACAAGCACGAAAAGAUUCACCAUCCAGGUAACAAAGCCCAGCUGGAAGAAGUUUGGGAAAAACAAGAUCACAUGGAGGGACAAGAUUUUGACCCCAAAGCGUUCUUCAUGCUUCACGAUCUUGAUGGUAAUGGUUUUUGGGACGAAAAUGAAGUGAAAGUAUUAUUCAUCAAUGAGCUAAACAAAAUGUAUCAAGCGGGAGCUCCUGAAGAUGACAUGAAAGAGCGAGCCGAAGAAAUGGAACGGAUGCGUGAACACGUGUUUAGCGAAGCAGAUACUAAUAAAGAUGGCUUAAUUAGUUAUCAAGAGUUUGUAGAACAAACCAAGCGCGACGAGUUCCAAAAAGAUCCAGGAUGGGAUACUGUAGAUCAGCAGCCACAAUUUACUCAUGAAGAAUAUUUGGAAUAUGAACGUCGCAAUCAGGAACAAAUUCAACGCCUGAUUUCUGAGGGCAAGCUUCCGCCUCAUCCAAACAUGCCAAACGGUUAUUACCCAGGACCGAAUGCUGGUCCAUAUCAAGUUCAUCCAAACGCAAUACCUCUACAAGAGUAUCAUGUACCACAGGCGCAUCCGAAUCAGGUUCCUCCUUAUCAUGGAGCGCAACAACAAGGGUAUCCACAGCAAGUAAAUCUACACCCUAACCAAGUGUACCAACACCAUCAAGAUCCUAACUACCCGCCACAAAAUCUGCAUCAACAAACUGGACAGCAAUCAAAUGUCUAUCAGCAUGUACCGCCACAGUACCAACAGCAGCAGCAGCAACACGUGCAACAGCAACAACCCGUGAAGCAACAGCAACAACCCGCUGCUCCGCAAUAUAACCAACAACCACAAUACCAGCAGCAACAGCCUCCUCAACAGCCACCGGUGCAGCAGAAUGUAGUAGCGAACAACCAGCCAACGGGAACGCAACAACAGCCACCUCAACAGCUGCAGCAGAAUCAGCAACGUGCCGAACCCCAAAAUCAACAACAGCCGCCACAGCAACAAUAUAACAUGCCUAGCAGUUCUACGGGUCAACCCGGUUUACCGCCUCAGCAACAGCAACAGCAACCAUCUGUGCAAGCAGCCAAGCAUUAAGUUUUGCAAUUUCAAAUGGAGGUAUAGGUAGGAUAGCGUAAAUUUUUCGUAGCACUGUAAAACAGUGAAGUGUAGACAUAUUCAGGACAACUUCAAUCUUCGUAAUGUGGUGUGGGAAUAUAUGUACCAUAUUCAGCUAUACUUAAGUAGUUCCACUAUUAUAUCUAGCAUUUUAAACUCUGUAACUGACAAACUAUUUGCCAACAACUUUUUGUGCUUUUGGGAUUCAAAUUAAAAACAGACGAAUACACAAUAAAUUUGAGACUGUUAAGAAUAUCUUAAAUUACAAGAUUUUUUUUUAUCUAUGCAAUAACCGUUACUUUUUAUAAAUCAUUAUUAGAAGCAAAUACAUUUU